AUGAAGCAAAUUGAAUUCCCGUUUGCGUUGAGUAUGAUGAGAGGAAUGCUUAUUGGUCAGUGCAAACAAGAAACAAAAAAAUCUCACCUAACCUGCCAAAGAACUGUCAACAACGGACUUCAAACUCUUUGUGAGAUUCUAAUCGAAGAGAGUUUAGACUACGAACCAGCAAUGUGUCAGAGUGUCAGUUACAGUAAUAUCAAAGUAGUCGACACUUCUUCUCCGUGGUUUUCUGCUGUAAUCGGACUUUUCAUUGGUUUUUUGAUAGCUGUCGUCGUGGUUUUCGUCAUGAAACGUUUCAUUUUUAGUAAGAAUCGACAGAUGAUGAGCGGGGCAAGUGGGGCAUCGACUGUUUCGAAAUGA